UUUAUUUAUUUCUUGUGAUACAUGGAACUUAGAAAUUUAGUAAAUUCAAUUGUUGCAUUGACAAAGUAUUUCUUGCACAAAUAGAAAUUCCUCAGGGCAAAGCAAAAGAAAAGAAAGGAAAAGCACAAAGCUCUUUGUACAAAUGCUUUGAAAUUGGUCUAAAUGAUCUCCUAUCCUCCCCGCUCUGUGUACAUAGCAAUUUAAAUUCUUUGAAUGAAAAUUCAUAUCAAGAAUUUAAAGAAUAUGAAAAACACAUCUUUCAUUUUCUUUAAAAAUCAUACCAAGUAUAAAAGCAUACUAAAUCGCAUUAUACUACGUGUUUUAUAACAAGACGCGCUGUGAUGAGUACUUACUGAAAGCAACUAUUUGGAAAUACUAUUUGUAAGGCCACCGUCAAUGGCUUGUCUUUACGCUCCAUCGUGUGUGUUAAUCGCAACAUGUGACGACAAAUACAAAAAAAGUUUCUCACGAUUAUGAUCCUUUCGAAGUCGCCGCGUUGAAAUUCCCGAGGUUAUCGUCAGAACGCGCAGCGAAACAACGACGAUUUAUGCCGUCAUCGCCUCGGCACGCCUGCGGCCCCGUCCGUGGUUCUGCAGCGCCCGGACGUGCGUACUGAGAACCGCGGUUACGUAACUCGCGAAGUCCUAUUUACAAUUUCUCUUAUAGCUAUAAGUCUGCUGCGCGCCGUGAUUUGCACGUUUUGCUGUGACGACUAACUCGGGGGACGAACGGAUCAAAGCCACGUUGUUGCGUUCCACCUCCGGCCCCAAACGUUUAUGAGAAAAGGCCCCACGAUAUUGGACAAACGAGGCGCUUGUGCCAAACCAGCGGCCUAAUAAAAGUCACAGCUCUCGCCUCUCGCUGUCUCGGAGUUGUUUCGAUCCAGCGCGCAUGCGCGCGGAGUACUCGUAAGUAAUGGCGACGUUUCAGCCUUUUAUACGCGAAGCGGGGUCGGACGAAGUUUCUCGGUAAACCUGCCGGUUAAACCAACAGCGUCGCUAUCCCCAUAUGUAUCGGCUCGGCGAGCCAGUUUAUACGUCGGUCUUUUCGAGUACCAGCUAACGCGAGCAUCCCGCCGUUCCCAGCCGAAGAAAAGCAGCACACCUUUAUCGUUGCUAACGUCAACUGUUAGCUAGGUAGCGUUAGCUAGCUUACGCUAAUAUGUCACAUUUUGCCUUUUCCGGUGUUUAGAUAGGCGGUUAGCAAGCUCUCCGUCUCGGGUGGUGCUGAAAGCAGCUGAUUACCCCAAGCGUCCGUUCACGUUAAACAUAUCGGAAAAGUUGCAGGUUUCCAUCCUCGAGUAUCGGCGACUCGGUCAACACCAACUGCUGCUGCUGCUUCUGCUGCUGCUUCUGCGGUGCCUACUGAGAGUACCUCUUCAGUAGUGUGAAUGAGGGAGACAUGGCAGACCACACCCCACCUCUGGAGUCCGGCCAGCUUCUUAGCCCUGAACUCCCUCUCCUGGCCUCACCACCCCCUGCCAUGGUCAAUGGAGAAGGCCCUCAACAGGUAAUCCUGGUGCAGGUAAACCCAGGUGAGGCCUUCACUAUUCGACGAGAGGAUGGUCAGUUUCAGUGUAUCACAGGUCCUGCUCAGGUUCCCAUGAUGUCCCCAAAUGGUUCAGUGCCUCCAAUCUAUGUGCCUCCUGGAUACGUUUCACAGAUCAUAGAGGAGAACGGAGUGCGGCGGGUUCUGGUCUUACCUCAGCAACCAGAGUUCCACCCAGGGGGCCACUCCCCUCUCCAUCACCCUCCACCCCCGCCCCAUGCCCACCUGCCUGCCUUCAUCCCACACCCAGCCAUGAUACCCCCACCACCUCACAUGUACACGGGUAUGGCAGGGGGUGUGGGCGACAUGAGCUCACAGUACAUCUCCCAGUACCAUCCAGCCCAUAUCUACUCUGAGCAGGUCUCCGCAGAUUCUCACUCCCAACAUGGACGCCCACAGUUUGUUCACAGGGAUGAAAGAACAAGCAAAACAUAUGAGCGUCUUCAGAAAAAGUUGAAGGAGCGGCAGGGAGGUGGGGGAGGGGGGCAGAUGAAGGAAAGUCCCCCUUCCUCACCGCAGAAGACCCGCAGCAGCCCCCCGAUGCUGGACAUCCACAACGGAGUUGGGGGGAAAGGGCCAGAGCCUGAUCAAGGGCAGUCCAGCAAUGCAGUGGCCAGCCCUGACAAGCAGACCAGUGAGGGAAAAACCGAGCUGGAUGAGGACGCUCAGGCCCUGCAAGUGUUACUGAGCACCAUCAAUAAGCCAGUGGUGUCAGACAUCCAGGCCAGAGGGGUAGUGCUGAGCUGGAGUGCACCCACCAGGCCAGAGAGUGAGGGAAGCAACCCAGAGAAUGACGCCAGCCCCUCAGAGCCCUUCUGCUAUGAGGUCUCAAUCUCAUAUAGUGGUAAAAAUGGGAAGUACAAGACCACGUACAGUGGAGAGGAACUAAGUGCAAAUUUAGAAGAUCUUCGACCAGCAACAGACUAUCACAUCAGGGUCCAGGCUAUGUGUAACUGUUUACAGGGAAGCCCAUCUGAUGCUGUGAGCUUCACCACUCUCAGCUGUGAGCCAGACCCCCCCAACUCUCCCAGAAAGGCCAGUGGGACCAAGAACACACUGGUCCUUCAGUGGAAGGCCCCAUGUGACAACGGCUCCAAAAUCCAAAACUACAUUCUUCAUUGGGAUGAGGGGAAGGGCACUGGCGUGUUUGAGCAGUGCUACUACGGACCUCAGAAGCAGUACAGAGUGACCAAGCUUUCACCAGCCUCAAGAUACUCCUUCCGCCUUGCAGCCAAAAAUGACAUGGGCAUAAGUGAGUUCAGUGAGGUGGUUGACUUGUUCACUUCGUGCAGUGUGCCCUCGCCACCCCUCCCUCCAGAGCUGGCAAAGGCUGGUGUGACCUGGCUGUGUGUGCAGUGGCAGAGACCCACAGGCUCUCCCAAGGAGGAUGACAUCUAUUACGUUCUGGAGAUGGAGGAGGAAGGCUCUGGAUAUGGCUUCCAGCCAAGCUAUGAUGGUGAGGAGCUCUCCUGCACAGUCAGGAACCUCCACAGGAGUACUAAGUACAAGUUUCGGGUGGCGGCGUACAACACCGAGGGUAAGAGUAACCCCAGUCAGGUGGUGGAGUUCAUCACAUGCCCAGACAGACCCAACAGCCCCUCCAGGCCUGUCAUCAGGGGAAGAGUCCUUCCCAACAGCUUCAAGAUAGCGUGGGAGCCUCCAAAAGAUAGUGGCGGGGCAGAUGUUACCAAGUACACUGUGGAGCUCUCUGAGGGGUUAAGUGGCUUGACAUGGGAGCUGACAUACUCUGGUCCAGCCACAGAACACGUGUGUGAGGGCUUGAAGCCUGGCUGCUCCUACCAGACCCGAGUUUACUGCAUGAGUGAGGGGGGGCAGAGCCCACUGUCGGAGAUCCUGCAGGUCCAGACUCCCGCAGUGCCCCCGGGACUUUGCCAGCCUCCUCGCCCGGUGGGCAAGCCCAAAGCCAGGGAGGUGCAGCUGCGAUGGGGCCCCCCUCAGAUGGAUGGAGGGAGCCCAGUGUCCUACUACAGUGUGGAAAUGUGUGGGCCGCAGUCAGAGGAGAGCAGGGAGGUUUACCAAGGCACUGAGCUGGACUGCACCGUGGGAAGCUUAUUGCCUGGCAGAAUCUACAGCUUCCGGCUGAGGGCAGCCAAUAAGGCUGGGUUUGGGCCUCUUUCGGAGCGUAGCGAGGUGACCACAGGCCCCGGGGCCCCAGAAGCCGGCAGGGCUCCCCAAACCACAUGCAAAUCCCCCAGUUGUGUUGUAGUUAGCUGGGAGGCUCCACCAUGCAACGGAGCACCUGUGUCAGAGUACCGUCUGGAGUGGGGGGCUGCCGAGGGCAGCAUGCAGGUGUGUUACAGUGGACCGGGACUGAGUCACGAAAUGAAGGGGCUGCUCCCAGCCACUAACUACUUCUGCCGGGUACAGGCUGUGAAUGUUGCUGGCGUCGGACCCUUCAGUGAGGCGGUGCUGUGCCAGACGCCCUGCUCUGUGCCCGCAGCUGUCAGCAACGUCCACGCGCUCAAGGAGGCUGAGCUGCAUGGGUACGAGGCCUCCUUGGAUGUUGAGGAAGAUGAAGAGGAUGAUGAUGGCAGUUCCCCGCCACCACCACUUUACUCUCCAUCCACCUGCCUAGGUCUCUCUUGGGAGCCCCCUUGUGACCAUGGUUCUGAGAUCACUUCCUACCUGAUUGACCUGGGAGAACGUCAGCCCAUUGUCGUUGGCCCCGUCACCAAAUAUAUCAUCCAGCACUUGCAGCCUGACACCAGUUACAGGAUCAGAAUCCAGGCCCUGAACAGCCUGGGCGCCGGCCCUUUUAGUCACACUUUUAAACUGAAGACGAAGCCCCUGCCCCCACAGCCCCCUCGCCUGGAGUGCACAGCCUUUAGCCACCAGACCCUCAGGCUCAAGUGGGGUGAUGGCCCAGCAAAGGCAGCCACCUCAGACGCCCCCCAGUACCAGCUGCAGAUGGAGGACAGGAAUGGCAGAUUUAUCUCCUUGUAUAAAGGACCAUGCCACACCCACAAAGUCCAGAGACUAAAUGAGUCUACCUCUUACACGUUCCGCAUCCAGGCCUUUAAUGAGGCGGGCGAAGGGCCCUUCUCUGAUGUUUACACAUUCACCACCCCGCGCUCUCUUCCAGCCCCUUUGAAAGCCCCCAAAUUGGAGCGUUUGGAGGACCAUUCCUGUGAAGUCUCGUGGGAGGCUUUGCCACCCAUGAAAGGAGAUCCAAUCAUAUACACUCUGCAGUGCAUGAUGGGAAACUCUGAAUUCAAACAGGUCUACAAAGGCUCUGCCGCAUCCUACCAUGCUCAGAACUUACAGCCCACCAGUGAUUACCGCUUCCGAGUGUGUGCCAUUAGGCAGUGCCAGGAUGCCCCAGAGCUGGCGGGUCCCUACAGUCCCACAGUGACCCUCUCCCCACAGCGGGUGGAUCCGGCAGUGGGAAGUGGCCUAUCUGGCCCAGGAUCCAGAGCUGGGGCUGAGUCCAGCAGGGCCAGACGCAGCCUGACCGAUGAGCAGUGUGCUUUCCUGCUCCUCAUGGUCUUUGCUGUCAUUGCCAUCCUCAUUGCUUUUGUCAUCCAGUACUUUGUCAUCAAAUGAGUACUUCUAACGCACACCCGACGGCAGGAUUAUAGCUUUAUUUCCAGUCAGUUUGUUUUCUUUCUUGUACAUGAUGUUUUCUGUUGUCACCAGGGUAAUUUGCAUAGCUGUGUCAGGAUGUUGGGGGCAUUGGGGGGGGGGGGGCAGCAGGAGAGGUUUGAACAGCUGUUUUUAGGAAUGACGCCACAUCUUGUGCCCUAAGAUUCUUUCUUGACUACUCCUCUACCUUCCUUCACUCCUAACUAACAGCAACAUGGUUCAAUGAAGGUUUCUGUUCCAUCUUGUUUGGCUUUCAUGUGCUGAAAGAAGUUGGUUGGGAGUGUG